UAUUAGACGUACAAAUAUUAUCUUGUUCAUCUGACGUAAUAUCAUCCAGAUAUUUUGAUCAACCGAUUACUCAAUUAUUAGAAAAUGUUCGAUGCAGCAACAAGUUUAGUCAUAAUGACGACAUUUAUAUACAUUUUAAUCCUCUGUUUACUAACUGAAGAUUCAUACCUCUACACAGAGUAUAAAAUCAACAAGUGCAUAAUUGAAAAGCCAUUCCUAACACGCACCAUGGCACUGUAUAGAUACAAAUUGUGUGAAAAUGAGCAAUGAGUUCAUCAACGAGAUAAUUCAUCAGUGCUAAAUAACUAUUAAAUGCAGAAAAAAAAAAUUAAUUAACUAUAAUUAGUGGUAUGAUAUUAAAUCGAUAAAAAUUAAAAAAAAACAUUAUGACAGUUGUGGAAGGAUUUGAUUCUGAAUAUAGACCAUUUAAUUACCGAGAUGAGUUAUCAAAAACCUACCAAGUUAAACCAGUCAAGGUGCCUUCAUAUCGUGACAUGACUAUUGAAACCCAAACAACUCACUUUGCCAAGCUAAGGCAACUUAACAUUGAUCCACUAUCAUUGACAGAUAAAACAGUAUCAGAGGCACUGCACUUGUUGAAGAAAUCCGGUCGACCAGAUAAAGAAUUAUCAAAUGCCUAUAUCAACAGUAUUUAUUCAACAAUGAAGAGAAUAAAUCCAGCACUAAGUACUAGUGCUAGUAAGCUAGGAUUUCCACGUAAGAAUCGUAAGACAGUUAUUGAUGAUCGUCUGGAUCUGCAUCAUGGAAUCAAACAGAUGUUGACAACAAUUAUUAAAUAUGUAGCUAAUUUUACAACAGUGGAACCACGAAAGAUUGAAUCACGUCGAGUUAUUGAUACUAUUAUUGCAUCUAUAUUGACUCUAUUGACCAAUUUACGUUCUACUGAAUUAUUUAAAUUGCAAUUAAAACAUCUAGAGAUGAUUUCUCAAGAUACUCCAAUUACCAUCAAUACAAAGUGUCAAAGUCACGUGAUAACUGUGAUGAAAAUUAAACCACUGUAUGAUCUGUUGUAUCCUAAGUUGAAAAAUAUUAUUCUAAGUCGAGAAUUGAAGUUUAACUUGGAUUAUCUUGAAGAUCCUAAAUCAAUAACUCGUGAUGAGUCGAAUAUAAUUCUUCUGUCUUGUAAAAAUGAUACUAUUAAUAAGACAUUUUAUGAAUUGUAUAUCAGAAUUAAUCAAAAGAGACCUAAUGUUACUCUUGGAUUGAAAACCAUUCGCUCGUUCAAUCUGACAUUGAUGAUGGAUCCUGAUGACUUUCUGGAACAUCAGGAGGUUUGGAAAAAAUUUAAAGAACAAAAUGAAAAGAAGAAAGAUGAUUUAGAGCAUUUGUAUGAUGAAAAUGUAUCAGAAUAAUUAGUAUGGGAUUGUUUGAUGAAAUUUUUUAUU